AUGGAGGUGUCCGUGUCAUGUCCAGAGUUAAACUGCAGUACUUCAGACCAGAUUCUUCUAGACGGAUCCUGCUGCAAAGUGUGCAGAGGUCACGACUUCUGCUCUGAGGCCGAGGAUCUCUGUGGACCCAACUUCGACUGUGAGAACCUCCAGACCAAAGCCCAGUGCGUCUGUCGCCGUGGAUACGCACCUGUCCAGGGGGACCACAGCCAUUGUGAAGACGAACCCACACACAGCUGUUCCUGUCUGCACACCCUCCCUCCUCUGUCUCCCCCUCACCCUCCCUCCUCUGUCUCCCCCUCACCCUCCCUCCUCUGUCUGCACCUCACCCUCCCUCCUCUGUCUGCACCUCACCCUCCCUCCUCUGUCUGCACCUCACCCUCCCUCCUCUGUCUGCACCUCACCCUCCCUCCUCUGUCUCCCCCUCACCCUCCCUCCUCUGUCUGCACCUCACCCUCCCUCCUCUGUCUCCCCCUCACCCUCCCUCCUCUGUCUGCACCUCACCCUCCCUCCUCUGUCUCCCCCUCAUCCUCCCUCCUCUGUCUCCCCCUCACCCUCCCUCCUCUGUCUGCACCUCACCCUCCCUCCUCUGUCUCCCCCUCACCCUCCCUCCUCUGUCUGCACCUCACCCUCCCUCCUCUGUCUCCCCCUCACCCUCCCUCCUCUGUCUGCACCUCCCCCUCCCUCCUCUGUCUCCCCCUCACCCUCCCUCCUCUGUCUGCACCUCACCCUCCCUCCUCUGUCUCCCCCUCACCCUCCCUCCUCUGUCUGCACCUCACCCUCCCUCCUCUGUCUGCACCUCACCCUCCCUCCUCUGUCUCCCCCUCACCCUCCCUCCUCUGUCUGCACCUCACCCUCCCUCCUCUGUCUCCCCCUCACCCUCCCUCCUCUGUCUCCCCCUCACCCUCCCUCCUCUGUCUCCCCCUCACCCUCCCUCCUCUGUCUGCACCUCACCCUCCCUCCUCUGUCUGCACCUCACCCUCCCUCCUCUGUCUGCACCUCACCCUCCCUCCUCUGUCUGCACCUCACCCUCCCUCCUCUGUCUCCCCCUCACCCUCCCUCCUCUGUCUGCACCUCACCCUCCCUCCUCUGUCUGCACCUCACCCUCCCUCCUCUGUCUCCCCCUCACCCUCCCUCCUCUGUCUGCACCUCACCCUCCCUCCUCUGUCUGCACCUCACCCUCCCUCCUCUGUCUCCCCCUCACCCUCCCUCCUCUGUCUGCACCUCACCCUCCCUCCUCUGUCUGCACCUCACCCUCCCUCCUCUGUCUGCACCUCACCCUCCCUCCUCUGUCUCCCCCUCACCCUCCCUCCUCUGUCUCCCCCUCACCCUCCCUCCUCUGUCUGCACCUCACCCUCCCUCCUCUGUCUGCACCUCACCCUCCCUCCUCUGUCUGCACCUCACCCUCCCUCCUCUGUCUCCCCCUCACCCUCCCUCCUCUGUCUCCCCCUCACCCUCCCUCCUCUGUCUGCACCUCACCCUCCCUCCUCUGUCUCCACCUCACCCUCCCUCCUCUGUCUCCCCCUCACCCUCCCUCCUCUGUCUCCCCCUCACCCUCCCUCCUCUGUCUCCCCCUCACCCUCCCUCCUCUGUCUGCACCUCACCCUCCCUCCUCUGUCUCCCCCUCACCCCCCUCCUCUGUCUCCCCCUCACCCUCCCUCCUCUGUCUCCCCCCCACCCUCCCUCCUCUGUCUCCCCCUCACCCUCCCUCCUCUGUCUGCACCUCACCCUCCCUCCUCUGUCUCCCCCUCACCCUCCCUCCUCUGUCUCCCCCUCACCCUCCCUCCUCUGUCUCCCCCCCACCCUCCCUCCUCUGUCUCCCCCUCACCCUCCCUCCUCUGUCUGCACCUCACCCUCCCUCCUCUGUCUCCCUCCCCCCUCCCCUCCUCGUCUCCCUCCCCUACCCCCUCUGUCUCACACCUCACCCUCCCUCCUCUGUCUGCACCUCACCCUCCCUCCUCUGUCCCCCCUCACCCUCCCUCCUCUGUCUGCACCUCACCCUCCCUCCUCUGUCCUCUGUCUCCCCUCACCCUCCCUCCUCUGUCUGCACCUCACCCUCCCUCCUCUGUCUCCCCCUCUCCCCUCCCUCGUCUCCUCCUCCCCCCCCUCCUCUGUCUGCACCUCACCCUCCCUCCUCUGUCUCCCCCUCACCCUCCCUCCCUCUGUCCCUCCCCCUCACCCUCCCUCCUCUGUCUGCACCUCACCCUCCCUCCUCUGUCUCCCCCUCACCCUCCCUCCUCUGUCUGCACCUCACCCUCCCUCCUCUGUCUCCCCCUCACCCUCCCUCCCUGUCUGCACCUCACCUCCCUCCUCUGUCCCCCUCCUCACCUCCCCUCCUCUGUCUCCCCUCACCCUCCCUCCUCUGUCUCCCCCCCUCACCCUCCCUCCUCUGUCCACCUCACCCUCCCCCUCCCCCUCCCUCCCUCCUCUGUCUCCCUCACCCUCCCUCCUCUGUCUGCACCUCACCCUCCCUCCUCUGUCUCCCCCUCACCCUCCCUCCUCUGUCUGCACCCUCACCCUCACCCUCCUCUGUCUCCCCCUCACCCUCCCUCCUCUGUCUGCACCUCACCCUCCCUCCUCUGCCCCUCUGUCUGCACCUCACCUCCCUCCCUCCUCUGUCUCCCCCUCACCCUCCCUCCUCUGUCUGCACCUCACCCUCCCUCCUCUGUCUGCACCUCACCCUCCCUCCUCUGUCUCCCCCUCACCCUCCCUCCUCUGUCUGCACCUCACCCUCCCUCCUCUGUCUGCACCUCACCCUCCCUCCUCUGUCUCCCCCUCACCCUCCCUCCUCUGUCUCCCCUCACCCUCCCUCCUCUGUCUCCCCCUCACCCUCCCUCCUCUGUCUGCACCUCACCCUCCCUCCUCUGUCUCCACCUCACCCUCCCUCCUCUGUCUCCCCCUCACCCUCCCUCCUCUGUCUGCACCUCACCCUCCCUCCUCUGUCUGCACCUCACCCUCCCUCCUCUGUCUGCACCUCACCCUCCCUCCUCUGUCUGCACCUCACCCUCCCUCCUCUGUCUGCACCUCACCCUCCCUCCUCUGUCUCCCCCUCACCCUCCCUCCUCUGUCUGCACCUCACCCUCCCUCCUCUGUCUCCCCCCCACCCUCCCUCCUCUGUCUGCACCUCACCCUCCCUCCUCUGUCUCCCCCUCACCCUCCCUCCUCUGUCUCCCCCUCACCCUCCCUCCUCUGUCUGCACCUCACCCUCCCUCCUCUGUCUGCACCUCACCCUCCCUCCUCUGUCUGCACCUCACCCUCCCUCCUCUGUCUGCACCUCACCCUCCCUCCUCUGUCUCCCCCUCACCCUCCCUCCUCUGUCUGCACCUCACCCUCCCUCCUCUGUCUCCCCCUCACCCUCCCUCCUCUGUCUGCACCUCACCCUCCCUCCUCUGUCUCCCCCUCACCCUCCCUCCUCUGUCUCCCCCUCACCCUCCCUCCUCUGUCUCCCCCUCACCCUCCCUCCUCUGUCUGCACCUCACCCUCCCUCCUCUGUCUCCCCCUCACCCUCCCUCCUCUGUCUGCACCUCACCCUCCCUCCUCUGUCUCCCCCUCACCCUCCCUCCUCUGUCUGCACCUCCCCCUCCCUCCUCUGUCUCCCCCUCACCCUCCCUCCUCUGUCUGCACCUCACCCUCCCUCCUCUGUCUCCCCCUCACCCUCCCUCCUCUGUCUGCACCUCACCCUCCCUCCUCUGUCUGCACCUCACCCUCCCUCCUCUGUCUCCCCCUCACCCUCCCUCCUCUGUCUGCACCUCACCCUCCCUCCUCUGUCUCCCCCUCACCCUCCCUCCUCUGUCUCCCCCUCCCCCUCCCUCCUCUGUCUCCCCCUCACCCUCCCUCCUCUGUCUCCCCCUCACCCUCCCUCCUCUGUCUGCACCUCACCCUCCCUCCUCUGUCUGCACCUCACCCUCCCUCCUCUGUCUCCCCCUCACCCUCCCUCCUCUGUCUGCACCUCACCCUCCCUCCUCUGUCUGCACCUCACCCUCCCUCCUCUGUCUCCCCCUCCCUCCUCUGUCUCCCCCUCACCCUCCCUCCUCUGUCUCCCCCUCACCCUCCCUCCUCUGUCUGCACCUCACCCUCCCUCCUCUGUCUGCACCUCACCCUCCCUCCUCUGUCUGCACCUCACCCUCCCUCCUCUGUCUCCCCCUCACCCUCCCUCCUCUGUCUCCCCCUCACCCUCCCUCCUCUGUCUGCACCUCACCCUCCCUCCUCUGUCUGCACCUCACCCUCCCUCCUCUGUCUCCCCCUCACCCUCCCUCCUCUGUCUCCCCCUCACCCUCCCUCCUCUGUCUCCCCCUCACCCUCCCUCCUCUGUCUCCCCCUCACCCUCCCUCCUCUGUCUCCCCCACCCUCCCUCCUCUGUCUCCCCCUCACCCUCCCUCCUCUGUCUGCACCUCACCCUCCCUCCUCUGUCUGCACCUCACCCUCCCUCCUCUGUCUCCCCCUCACCCUCCCUCCUCUGUCUGCACCUCACCCUCCCUCCUCUGUCUCCCCCUCACCCUCCCUCCUCUGUCUGCACCUCACCCUCCCUCCUCUGUCUCCCCCUCACCCUCCCUCCUCUGUCUGCACCUCACCCUCCCUCCUCUGUCUGCACCUCACCCUCCCUCCUCUGUCUCCCCCUCACCCUCCCUCCUCUGUCUGCACACCCUCCCUCCUCUCUGUCCACCUCCCUCCUGUCUCCCCGUCAUUCUUUCUCCUCUCUCCUCCUCAUCCUUCUCUCUCCUCCUCUCCCUUCUCUCUCUCCCCCUUGGUCUCCCUCCUCUCACCUCCAGUUAA